UUAUAUAUUCUUAAUUUUUAGUGGGUCAACACCCGGCACUGUUUGAGAUAUUGGAUGUGUCAAAGUCCAAAGUGAGAGAGUUAGGACUUCGAAUUGGAAGAUCUUACUAAUUCAAGAAUGGCUGCAAAUUCAGGGUUGUUGGCUGGGAAGACUCUCUUCAUUACUGGUGCAAGUAGAGGUAUUGGGAAGGCGAUCGCUCUGAAGGCUGCUAAAGAUGGUGCCAACAUUGUUAUUGCUGCUAAGACCACCACACCACACCCCAAACUUCCAGGAACCAUUUACACAGCUGCAAAAGAAGUGGAAGAAGCUGGAGGGAAGUGUUUGCCAUGUGCAGUAGACAUCAGGAAUGAUAGCUCUGUACAAGCAGCCAUGAAGGAGGCAGCAGACAAAUUUGGAGGCAUAGAUAUCCUGGUCAACAAUGCUAGUGCCAUCAGUUUGACUGGUACAGAUGUCACAGACCCCAAGAGAUUCGAUCUCAUGAUGGGGAUCAAUGCCAGGGGGACCUACAUGUGUUCUAAGUUUGCCCUGCCUUAUCUACAAAAGUCCAGCAACCCACACAUCCUCAACAUCAGCCCUCCACUGAACAUGAAUCCGAGAUGGUUCAAGGACCAUGUAGCGUACACAAUGGCUAAGUAUGGAAUGUCCAUGUGUGUACUGGGAAUGUCAGGCGAGCUGAAGCCAUUGUCUAUAGCAGUGAAUGCUCUCUGGCCUCGUACAGCUAUAUAUACUGCUGCCAUGGAAAUGUUGGGAGGUGGAUCCGGUGUAUCCGAUCAGUGCAGAAAACCCGAGAUAAUGAGUGAUGCAGCCUACGUCAUUCUGACAAAGAAGAGCUCAGAAUACACAGGAAACUUUACUAUUGAUGAUGAGGUGCUCAGGAGUGCAGGAGUUUCUGACCUUGAACAAUACUCUUGUGUCCCAGGUACCACAUUACUCCCAGAUUUUUUCCUUGAUGGUGAGGACCCACAUGAUAUCAGAAAACAGAUGGAGGAAAAGGGUGGCACCCCAGCAUUUGGUGGUGGAUCUCAGUCUUCAGGUGGUGGACCAGCAAAAACAUUUAAUGCUGUCAAGGGUAUGCUGAAUGAGGACCUUGUGUCUUCAAUGAAUGGAGUCUUCCAGUUUAAAUUAACAGGCGCUGAUGAAGGGAUGUGGUACAUGGACCUGAAAUCUGGAUCAGGUAAAAUAGGACAAGGGGAGCCACCAAAUGGAGCUGACUGCACCAUGACGUUAGACAGCGAAGACUUUGUAAAGAUGUUCAAAGGAGAAUUGAAAGCCGUAAGCGCCUUCAUGUCUGGGAAAUUAAAAAUCCAAGGUGACAUGGGACUGGCCAUGAAGUUAGAGAAAUUAAUGAACAAGAUGGACAUCUCAAAAUUAUAAGGCAUUUGAAAUCACACAAGUGCAUAGUUAAUAUGUUCUGUUCCGAAUGUGAUAAGAAUGGUGCAUAUUAUUGAAUGUUCAUUCACACGUAUUGUUGAGACAUGAUCAUUAAAAUUCUGUGAUAACUCAGGAGAUUUUCAAUUCAAAGUAAUGUGAUGAAGGCUGGUGUUGCAUUCAAUAAAACAGCUAAAGAAUCAAAAUAAUUAGAUUGCCUU